GGCCCGCGCUCACUUCCUCGGAGGCUUGGGGCCGCGCGCCCACUCGCCCACACAGUCCAUCGCAGCCGCCGUGGCUCGCUCUGCCCCGCUCUGCACUGCGCGCAGGGCUCAUUCACAUUGCCACCAUGAGUGAGACAUUUGACUGUGCAAAAUGCAGCGAGUCCCUGUAUGGACGCAAGUAUAUCCAGACAGACAGUGGCCCCUACUGUGUGCCCUGCUAUGACAACACCUUUGCCAACACCUGCGCCGAAUGCCAGCAGCUUAUCGGGCAUGACUCGAGGGAGCUGUUCUAUGAGGACCGCCACUUCCAUGAGGGCUGCUUCCGCUGCUGCCGCUGCCAACGCUCCCUAGCUGAUGAACCCUUCACUUGCCAGGACAGCGAGUUGCUGUGCAAUGACUGCUACUGCAGCGCCUUCUCUUCACAGUGCUCUGCCUGUGGGGAGACCGUCAUGCCUGGAUCCCGAAAGCUGGAGUACGGUGGACAGACGUGGCAUGAGCACUGCUUCCUGUGCAGUGGCUGCGAGCAGCCACUGGGCUCCCGUUCCUUUGUGCCCGACAAGGGCGCUCACUACUGCGUGCCCUGCUAUGAGAACAAGUUUGCUCCUCGCUGUGCCCGCUGCAGCAAGACGCUGACCCAGGGUGGAGUGACAUACCGUGAUCAGCCCUGGCAUCGAGAAUGCCUGGUCUGCACUGGGUGCCAGACGCCCCUGGCAGGGCAGCAGUUCACCUCACGGGAUGACGAUCCCUACUGUGUGGCCUGUUUUGGAGAACUCUUUGCACCUAAGUGCAGCAGCUGCAAGCGCCCCAUCACAGGACUUGGUGGAGGCAAGUAUGUGUCCUUUGAAGACCGACACUGGCACCACAGCUGCUUCUCCUGCGCCCGCUGCUCCACCUCCCUGGUGGGCCAAGGCUUCGUGCCCGAUGGAGACCAAGUGCUGUGCCAGGGCUGCAGCCAGGCAGGGCCCUGAGCUAGGGCUCCUGGCCUGGGCUUUCCCAACCAGAGCUCCAGGACUAUGGCUCCUUUUCUGAACCACCUCUGGGACCCAGCUCCUCCUCAGAAUGGGGCUCCCCCUGGGCUCCAGGUUUUAGUCUCCCUACUUCAGCACACCCUAACUGGCACUCCCUGAUCAAGACCCUCAAACCUGACUCUUAGGAAGCUUCAGUGAUGCAAGCCCCAUCUCUAAGCCUGGACUCCAGAAUCGAGUCCUCUCCCCUAUAGUCUGGGUUCCCAGACCAACUCCCUUCUCCAAAUCAGGGCUGUAAACCCCAGCCUUCAAAACCUGGACUCUGGGAUCUAGGCCCCGCUAAAUCUAGACUUCUCUGCAUAGAUUUAGGUCUCCUAUGGGUGCCUGAUAAGUCCUCAAAAGUAGACAGUACUCAGGCUUGACCCUGCCCCCAUCCUACCCUUUUCCCCAGGGCUGAGGCUGGCUGGUUAGAGGGCCCUAAGCUACAGGGUUCUGCUGACCCGCAUCCUUCUCAUUUUAUUUCAGCUCUGUCUUGUUCAGAGAUGGGUAGAGGGGAAUUAGCUCAUGCUCCUUCCAGAUUCUGCAAUAAAGCAGUGUGAGGAAGUGCAGGCCUUCAUGCCAUUGUUUGUCCAAGGGUGACAGAGGUUGCUUUGCAGACUUAGGCUCUUCUAGACCUCGGGAGAAAAGGGUGGGGGGAGUCUCUCCAGGAAGGGGAUACCACCACAGCUACUGGCCUGCCUUCCCCGCAUACCUCCCACUCCCUUACUGGCAGAGGGCUUUUCCUCCUAAUGGGGAAGGGAGGGCAUGGGGGAGGUUUCCGACAGGAGCCAGGCGGCAGUGGGGUUCAUAGCACCCCUCCCUUAACAACGCCGCCCUAAUCCCUCAAGUACAAGCAUUGGGUCCACAUCCUCAGUUGGGCCCAGACCCUCAGCCCUCUUCCCAAGGAUUAGUGGGGGCGGCUCGGGAUUCGUGCGGCGGCACGUUUUUUUGCCAAAAAAGGCAAGGAUGCAGCUGCACGCGCCGCGGGAACAUCUGGAUCCGAUUCCCAGCAUGAAUGGGUCAUGGCCCCGCCUCCGUGAUUCAAGGGCGGGGGCGGGAAUGAGUGAGGGGGGCUGUCCCCCGAAGUGGGGAGAUGGGGCGGAGCACGCUCCCCUGCCCGGCAUCGGACGCCCCUGUUCCUGCCCCACUGGCGGCUGCGGGCUGCCUUGGCCUGUCUGGAUGUCGCGGCAGGUACGCGGGCCUUAGCUGCAGCGGCUGUGGGGGCGGGGACCCGCCGCCCAUUGGAAACCGCGAGAUUCUAUGUAUCGAAUGAAAUCCCCAACCCUGAGCAAGCAUUGCUACCAUGUUGCAGGGGUGGGGAGGUUCCUGUAGUCAGUUGCUCACAUUCACGAAAGUCGUCAUCAGCGCAUUCAAGAUUCUAAAACACUUUGCCUGCAGAUCCAAUCCCAGUCCUUAACUCUGCGAGACCGUGACUGACAUUUUCAACAAACGUUUAUGAACGCCUACCGUGCGUACUUACAAUUGAUAAAUUGUAUGUUUACAUUUUUGUUUGUUUCUCUCUCCAUCCAGCCUGAGAACGGGGCUGGCGCUGCCUUGCUCACGCCUCCUGCUCAGCUCCCAGCCCUUACCGCUUGUUCAAUAAACAGUUAUUGAGGAAGAGCGAUCCAAGCAUAGAAAGCAGCUGGUGAAAGGCCUUUUGAAAACGUAUGGUGCUUUGGGGAAGCAGCAAGUAAUUGUAUUUAGAGGAAGUGCCAAGAGACUAAAAUGGUAGGCAGAGUCCAGGUCCUGAGCAGCCAAAUACUAAGUUAAAUAAACCUCACCCUGUGGGUAAAGCAGCCCAUGGAAAUGUCUAAACAGGGUUGUGAGAGGGUCAGAGUUUGAGAAAGAUCAUUUUGGCUGUUGCAUGAAUAAUGGAUUGGAGGGGUAAAAUGAGCAGGCUGGUUAGGACACCAGCUCAGUGGGCCAUGGCCCAGGAGAGAGGUUAAAGGCAGGUAGCGGCAGGAGGGGAAAAGAUGGGACUUGGUGACUGGUUUGAGGGAGUGUGCGGAUGGAGAAGUGGGGAAUGGAAGGCUUCAGAUUAGAGCCAGAGUGCCAGAAUGGUGUUGCUUACGUGUUCUACUUACCCAUGUAAGAGAAACUACAGCUACAAAUGUUUCAUUUAUUUCAGUAUAAGCAUUUUUUUUUACAUUUAACACCUCAAACCCAAUUUAUUUUUAAGUUUAGAACCUAAUAUAUAAGGCUGGGGACAUAACACAAGUAGUAGAGAAAUGGGAAGCCCUGGAUUCAAUCCCCAAGGCGGAAGGGAAAAAGAAAAGUAACACGUGUAUGUUAAAAAAAAAAAAAAA